AUGACAUGCAGAGUAUUGAAUAAUAUCUGCGAGCUGUACUUUUACAAACGCGGCAACCUCGUUGGUCUAUCCAAAAUAACAACAUUCGCUGAUUUUCUCGCCACACCGGAGGGCAUGCACCACCCGACCAUUCACUGGCUCCUCUUCGAUAUCCAAAGCCCGCUCAAGGCUAUUCGUACUACCCACUGGACCUCAAAUGGCCCGGAAUACAAGUCGUACCUCAUGCGUUGCGCUGAAAAGAUGUUAGGUCUGCUGGCGGGAAAGUACGCUCAGGUGCCGAAACUCCAGCUCUUUGAUCAGGGCGAGUGUUUGGGGCGAGAACCCCGCCUUGCAGGCGCCAUUGUCAACAUGCACCACCUUGUUGACUUUGCCAUGUCGCGCAGCAGCCACGGCAUGGGCCUGCUGAGGUGCAUGAGUCAGCCCCUCCGUAGCUUGCAAAUAGGCAAGCCGGGCGGGGUGCCUUACACUUUACAGCCUCCCACUCCUAGAACCUUGGAUGAUAUCUCCCUUUUUGCCCAAUCCCUCGAGACGUUGGCGCUAGAGGAGUCGUAUCUCUCAUCUCUACAGUACACCGGGACGUUCCCCCGCCUUCGGUAUUUGCGCACCACGUACAUUCCUGGCCAAUCACAACCUGUGCAGUGGACCCAUAUUAACACCACAUUCCCUGCAUUGCGAUACAUGAUCUACGUGAAGGAGGAUCAAGGUCCGGAUAUCGGGGUGGAGCAUUCCCGCGUUUACAAUGAAGCAAUGGACUAUGCAAGCGAGGAUCAGAGUCUAGGCUUGUCGCUACGGACAGAUUGCGACGGGGUCGAGCGAAUUCGCAAAACUCUCGAUGUGCGGGAGUUGAUCAUGGUAGGCGAGUUGGGGACGACGACGAUCGACUUCCUCGUACGGCCAUCGGUGUUCUGCUGGUUUCAACACAACAUCGAGUAUGCAAGAAAGACCCUUGAAUUUGUGACGCGUAGCGUCUCUUCCCUGAACGUCAUACUCUUCGGCUCACUUGCUGCCGUACCCAAUACACAUGCAUUAAGCUUCAGCGGGCUCUGCAAGGGAUCUAUGACGGACAUAGGGUACCUCUUACACUUACUGCCAAUUGUCGGCCUCAACCUGCGGGUGGAUUCCUCUAUGGUGAAUGAUGGCACGGCAGCUGCCGCCCUCCAUCCAAGCUCUAUCCCCGCCGAGACAUACGCGAAAAAGCUUCUCGGCCUCAUACCUGGUCUCAAGCGCAUCAAUUUAUACAUACUAGGAUCAGAGGAGCCACAGCCAAUUUCGUGGAUAGCUGAGGAUCGGAUACUCCGUCGCGUCUCGGCAGAGGAUGGUCGGGUUUGGAGAGAAGCUCAGGCAAGUAACUUCCUCGCAUGA